AUGAAAAAGAUCAUAUCGUAUUUAUUAAUUUCCGUAUUAAUUUGUAGUCAGAGCAAAGCACAACAACCACCAUCACAUCCGUCAACAUUAGAUCCCGCAUUAAAGGAUCAAUGGUGUAAAUCCACAAUUGAAACAUGUUCUGCGAUAUGUAAAAAUAGAAAAACGGUACCAGCGGCAAACUCUUGUUUCUCAUUAAAUUUAUUAGAAAAUUGUCUUUGUACAGAUGGUUAUGCUCCAACUUUAAGUAAUUACGAAAAUACGGUUUCAUACUUUUUAUGUGAAUAUAAUAGACCGGCUGGUCCUUGUUCAAAUACUUGUUAUUUAGGUACUGAAGAUUGUCUUAAAAAUAAUGAAUCACCACCACUCCCACCACCGGAUGAAACACCCAUUCCUAUACCAACACCACCCGACGCUGAGUCAGAUGUUAAAUCACCACCACCAACAGAUAAAAAUUCAACAAACAAAAAAUCUAUCGCGAUAGCGAUUGGAACAAGCGCUUCAUUAUUAUCAGCGAUAAUAGCGGUAUCAUUGAUAAUAUGGGUUAGACGUAGACGUAAGAUUUCACGAUCAAAACCACCGAAUUAUUUCAUUCCCGCACCUAAAAGAAAAAUCAGUAGUCUGAGCGAUGGCCCAUCAGUGGGAAGAAGUUUAACAUCAAUAAAAGCAGGACUAGUUAAAGAUAGUAACGCAAGUAUUGGUACAAAUUCUUCAUCAGGAUCAAUCAUGCAGACAGGUGAAAAAGAGAAUAAUGAUGGAACAGGCAUUGUUAUUACCAAAACUCAUUCUGUUAGCGUGCAUCAAGAUGAUGAUUAUUUUGGUUCAACCUCUUUUACUCAUUUAAGCGCCACCAAUAGUAUCGCUUCGGUUGAUUAUUAUAAUAGAUUCGGUAGUGUUGAAAAUUUGACCACCGAUGCUUCCAGUAUGAGUAAUAAACCUGGUAAUAAUAGAUCUAGUGGUUGUGAAGGGGGUUACUUGGCUGGUAACAGUAAUCAAAAUACUUCUAACGAUGAACCUUAUGCAUUCAUAUGA